CGGCACGGCCCGAGGCGAGAGGCGCGCAUAAAGACGACGCUAUCGUAAAGCUGGGCCACGCUAGCAAAGCUCGCCUAGAAACUUCCAGUGAUCGCGGGGGGUGCCGGCAGCGGCCCUUUCUUCGAGUACGUUAACGUUAUCGUCGCAGUAGUGGGUGCGCGCGGGAACGGGACUGCAGUGGAAAACCACAUCAAAGUGAGGCUCUAGUUCUACUGCUUGCAACUGGUCAGUAGUGUGGUGGUUGCGGUGUGCCGGCCUGAAGCCACUCGACCUGCGUUCCUCGUCUUCUGGAACUCCACGACAAGAGGAGGUGUGUGUGUCUCUUCGUGAGCUCCGGUUCCCACGCCCCGAAGAGGGACCCCCGGUCGAUCCUGGAUUAACCUCGGGAGGCAGCAAGAGAAGGGGAGCCAUGUUCCUGUGGCCGGCGCUCUUCUUAUCGGCCCUGGGUGCCGGCUGGCCAUCACCAGCAGCCGCGGCCGAGGCAGGGCACCACCGUGCGCCCCGAGAAGUGACGCCGCGCACGGACCUGAAGAUCGUGUGCUACUACUCAAACUGGGCCGUGUACCGACCCUCACUGGCAAAGUUCACGCCGCAGAACAUCAACCCGUACCUGUGCACGCACAUCAUCUACGCGUUCGCCGGCUUCAACAAGCGUUACGAGCUGAAGCCUUACGACCCGUACAACGACAUCGAGCAGGGUAACUACAAGAAGUUCGUGGGUCUGAAGCAAUACAACCCUGGUCUCAAGACCAUGGUCGCCGUAGGCGGAUGGAACGAAGGUUCUAAAAGGUUCUCGCACAUGGUAUCCGAUCGGAGCCAGAGGCAGAAGUUCGUGCGCAGCGCCAUCAAGUUCUGCCGCGAGCACGGCUUCGACGGCCUGGACAUGGACUGGGAGUACCCGGCCUUCCGCGACGGAGGCCAGCCAGAGGACAAGCAGGGCUACGCGCAGCUCAUCCGGGAACUGCGAGAGGCCUUCGAGGCCGAGUCCGUGCCCAGGGGCAAGGAGCGCCUGCUUCUCUCGGUCGCCAUGCCCGCCGGCAAGGAGUACAUCGACAACGGCUUCGACGUGCGAGUGAUCGCCAAGGCGGCCGACUUCCUGAACCUGCUCACGUACGACUACCACACGGCGUACGAGUCGGCCACGCAGCACCACGCCCCGCUGGGAUCGCCCGACGGCCUGCGUAACUGGGACGAAGAGAGCCGGCUGAACGUGCGCUGGACGGUCGACUACUACCUGGACGCCGGCGCGCCCCGCAACAAGCUCGUCGUGGGCGUGCCCACCUACGGCCGAUCCUACACGCUGGAGGACCCCGACGAGAACGAGCUGGACUCGGCCGCGCAGGGACCCGGCGAGCCCGGCAACUCAACGCGAGAGAAGGGCUACCUCGCCUACUACGAGAUCUGUCAGUACGUGAACGAGUUGGACUGGGAGCUGCGGCGACCGGAACCCCGGCGCAUGGGUCCGUACGCCUUCAAGGACGACCAGUGGGUGGGCUUCGACGACGAACAGAUGGUGCGCGAGAAGGCCCGCUACAUCCUCUCCAAGGGCCUGGCCGGGGCCAUGGUCUGGACGCUGGACAACGACGACUUCAGGGGCCACUGCGGUGGCGAGCAGAGCCCCCUGAUCACGGCGCUCCGUAAGGAACUCCUCGAAGGCGCCACAGCCUCAGGGAUCCUUCGAGACGAGGACGAGGAAGAAGAGGAAGAGGUUGUGGCCAGCAGCAACGCCCGCUCGACGACCGCGACCCCCAGGGCCGCCCAGCGACCGCAGCAGCAGGAGAUUGGGCGCCGCGUGGCCAAGUCCUCGCUGUCCCCGGGACGCCGGGGCGGCUCGGGCACGCGAAAGAACCUGGCCCUAUCGGUGACCACGCCGCCACCGCCGCCGACCCCGGACCCGGGACCGGCGUUCGAGUGCGAGGACGAAGGGUUCUUCAACAACCCACGCGACUGCAGGAAGUACUUCUGGUGCCUGGACUCCGGGCCGGCAAACCUGGGAACCGUGGCGCACGCGUUCACCUGCCCGUCAGGACUGUACUUCAACUCGAAGUCCGAGGCGUGCGACUACAAGGAGAACGUGGUCUGCAAGGUCCCGACACCCACGGAUGCUCCGUCCACCACGACGCGCAAGCCACGGCGAUCAAAGGCUCGCUCCACCACCACCACUACGACCACGACGCGAAGGCCAACCACGACCACGACGACUACCACUACCACCACAACAACAACGACACCACCUCCACCGCCGCCGCCCCCGACCACGAAGGCUCCCGACCAGAACGUCGCCGAACUGCUCAAGCUACUGCAGAGCAUCGGCGGCGUCGAGAAGUUGCAGACCAUUCUGACGUCAGCCGAAAACCAGGGAGGACAAGGCGUCGGCGGCACGGGAGCCCGUCGGCUGCCUCCUCAGGUCUUUGCCGGCACCGAAGCGCCGUUCCGUACCGUCUAUAACGACAGCAGCGCCGCGGCGCAGGGUCACGUUAUCCGGAGACCCCCGCUGUUUCAAGAACCCCAGCUAUUCCAGUACGUCGAGCCUGCUAGGCCUCCUCCGACGCAGUUCGCUCCGCCACCUCCGACUCCGUACGCCUCGCACCCAACCCCGACGCCGCGCGAAGAGACCAACGUGUUCGUGGGUCCCAUACACGGAACGCUGCCUCCACGAAUGCCCUUCCAGUUCGUCUACCAGACGCCCGAGAGAGGGCAGCCCCAACAGCAGCUUCAACAGCCGUUGCAGCAGCAGACUUUUCAGCAGCAGCAGCAGCAGCAGCAGCAGCAGCAGCAACAGGUGUACCCCAACUAUCAGGGAGGUCCAGUGAACGCCCCGCUGAACGUCCCCGUCCAGGCGCCCUCGUUCUCGCCUCCGACGGUGCCGCCCUCAGUGUACCCGACGCAGCCUUCUACGUCCUCCUUCACGGACUCGGUAGGUGUGACGCCCAUAGACUUUCCGCCGGACUUCCAGACAGACGCGGAGGUCCUGGUACCGCUCAGCUUCCAGAAGGGAACCAAGGUCCGCAUCAACAAGGUGGUCCGGGUGAACGGAAAGCCCACGGGAGACCAGCCGGCAGCCGGCGGAGGUCGUCGCGGCAAGAGGAUCCGCGUGCGACCGGGAGACAGGAUCGCGGUGCGCCGCAAGCCCGUCCAGCAGACCCUGCCCCCGACCACAACGACUACCACAACCACGACUACGACGCGGAGGCCGACCUCUCCGCCACCGCCGCAGUACGAUGACGUAGAGUACGAGUACGAGUACGAAGACGACGAGCCGUCGACGACCUCGACGACUACCACCACGACGACGACCACGCGUCGCCCCAGCCGGAGAGGAGGACGUCGCGGAGGCAGCAGGCGGCCCGCGGCAGCUGCCACCGGAGGUCACCGACGACCCGUCGUGGCGGCGGCACCGCUGCCCACCAUCCCUCCGGACCCGUUCGCGCCGCCUCUCAUCCUGAUCGACGAGAACACCGUGGACUGCCACAAGCGCGGCGUGUUCCCGCACCCGGAGGACUGCGGCAAGUUCGUCGUGUGCGCGCCGAACUCGAAGGCGUCGACAGGACUGCGCGGCUACGUCCACAACUGCCCUGCCGAGAUGCUUUACAGGAGCAAGGUGGGCCGCUGCAUGAAGGGUGACAGGGAUUCGUGCAACAAAAAGUGAUGACGACGUUGGGUCUCUUUGCACCCCUCUUAAGAACAUGUGCUUCAAACUUUGCCAAGAUCAACGUCGCAACGAAGACACAAAGGGAGGGUCACUAGCGCUGCUCUACACCUAACAAAUACGAGCGCACAUCGAAUCUACAGCAGCAGCAUCUUCGGAGGGCCGCUGGUGCACGGUGCUUUCAUCGAGCUCUUGGUGCAGUUCAUGCUAAAGUAUGCUCUUGGAGCUCUUGGACACAAGAAGUAUGCUCUUGGUGCUCUUGGACGCAAGAACCUGGCCAUAUGCACUCAAGGCAGUCACAAAGGUUUACAGACACAAGGUUUUAAGGCUUGUGCCUAUAGGCCAUUCUCACUUCAACGUCCAUCCAAGCAACCGGGAGCACCAGAUGAUAGACGGGCCAAGAUGAAUGUUCAACGACCUUUACCACGCACUAUAAGCAAACGUUAGGCAAAGAAGCACAUGCAACACUCAAAUAUGCAUCCAAGAACAGUCAUGCUCCCUUUGUUUUUGUUUUUUCAUGCUUGCCUGCUUCACAGCAAAGCGUACGAUGCAGCGAGGCAUGCGGGUUUGUCGUGUGGUACGUCCGAAAGUGCCAUGGCUUUAACAAAUAUUGGGCUCAACUACGACACUGUAGUACUUGGGAAGAAAGAAGCGAUGCACGAAAACACAUGGCACAACGGGUACAAAGGUAACUUCCAACUCAAUGUUUCCCGGCAUAGGCUUUGAAUUGAACUGCCAGAACCAUGGAGAAGAAAGUUGUACCACCUAACUCAGCGGAAGCGAAGACAUGUCAAGAAACCGCACAAAAAAUCUACGUUUUUUGGAUGGUGUCAAACUCCAACCCAUUUUCAAAUUCUGCCGAGCUUCCUUUCUGAGCCAGUGAUAAAUGGCAAAGUCACAAAAUUUCCUAGAAAACCAUUGCCUGCUGUCCUUGAUCCUCUUGGUGGGCAAGAUAACAAACUUGGCUAUGUCCAGCGUGCUAAUCUUGGUGCUACCAGUAUCCACCACGUUGUACAAUUCGCCCAUCUGUCUACUCUCAUUGACUAUGCCGUCUCUGACUGGCUUAAGACAUUAACACGACAGAAUUUAGCAAUACGGCGGACUUUGACACUGUCCAGAACAGAACCCCAAGCUCAUCGGAGGAGGCCUUAGAAGACGAAGGCGCAGCCAAUCCUGCAACGUCAGCAGUGGUGUCAGCAGCAGCUCGCCCCGUGAAUCUCACUGCACGGUGUGCAGGGAUUUUCGGUGUUCGCCCUCGUGUGCACUGAACUGAUGUUCCCUGUGAGGUGACGGGCUCGAGAGACGCUAUAGUACAAAAAGGCGCUUCCCUGAAACCUAGAGGUCGUGGGUGCGACUUCAUGUGUGCUGUUGA